ACUAGUCAUACCAAAUAAUCAAACAGGUUGAACAGCACCAAAUCCUCAUAUCUAAUUAAAAAAACUUCAAACAACCACAAAGAUAUUAAGACACGCAACAAGCUAACAUUUGAAAAAAGAAUCAUGAAUCUAAACAAACAUAACGCAGAACGAAACAAGGACAAGCUACGUCGGGUGGCGCAGAAGGAAGGGAACAAGUUCUGCUUUGACUGUGGUGUGCGAGGUCCUCUGUAUGUGGUAACCGAUUUCCAUAUCUUUGUAUGUUCUAUAUGUAGCUCCGCACAUCGCUCCUUCCAGCACAAGGUAAAGGGCAUCUCAAUGUGCACAUUUUCGGAUAAGGAGGUGGUUGGAGUGGAUAUCGGUGGCAAUGAUGUUGCUGUAAAAAUAUGGCUCGCUCGUUUUAACGGAACCAAACCUCACUCCGGGGAUGUCCAUGCAAUUCAAAACUUCGUCGAGGGAACGUUCGUGAAGGAGCUGUACGUUGAUAAGGGGAAAAAAGAAGAAUUAACGAUUAAUAUUCAAUAUGAACUGAACCCCAUAACAAAGCCAUGCGUGACAACCGAAGCACCAACUCCCGUAGGCCUACCAUCUGCUCAGGCCAGUAAAACAACCCCUCAAACUGGAUCCCCUGCAACUAUUGUUGCUGCUACCCAACAACAAUCUCCACCAAUCGAUUUUUUUAGUAACUUUCUUGCUGAAUCGCCCCCAAUGAGUACAACCCCAUCCGCUAGCAAUCCAGAUAAAUCCUCUAAUGCUAACCCAUUGGAGAACAUCCUCCAUGAUCUCUUUUCUGUUCCUCAACCCGAUGAACCAUCUGAACUGGCACCACCGCACAGCUACCCACAACCUCUACCCCAGCAACCACAUUUAGCAGCAUCCCCCUAUGGUGUCCAAAGGAGUGAGGUUGGUGAAUUCACCCGCUAUCCUACACAAGCCAUGCCGAAUUUCUUUACGGCAUCACAUAACCCUGUACCUGUAUCCGCUGCACAAACGAACGUUUUCCAAUAUCAAGACGGCUACACUCAUUUUAAUGUGAACAGCACAUCUACCAUCGCAUCUCCUGGGCUACAAACGCAGCCUCAGAUGAGUGGAAUCCCCACGGUUCAACAGUCCUUCACUCAAAUGAAUAGUAUAGACUUUUUCCAGCCUACACAGAAAAAUUUAUGGAGCCCCAGUGUCCCCUCAGGAUCAGCGGUGACGACCCAUCAGCCUGCAAAACGAAAUGUCACUGAUAUCCAUUCAAACGAUAAAGUAUUUGCUUCACUGGAUCCAUUUGGAAUGAAAUAACCAUUAUUUAUAAACUGAUAUACUUACUAGGGGUCAGAUAUU